AUGCCAGAGCGCAACAUGUUUUGUUGUCUGGGGUGUGUAGAAUGGUUUUUGUCUCGAUCCCAAGCCAAGAUUGACCUCAAGGAAUGGGAUGAAGCCAAAGAACUGAUUACAGUUGAACCCUUACCAAUUCGACAGCAAGAAUGGUCUCUGUCAAUGCAGAUAAUAAUUCGGCGUCAUUUGCCACAAGAAUCCAAGGACUGGACAGACAAACAAAUAUUAGAGGCUGUGAGAAAGAUUACUCAUCUUCGGUUGGAUACAGAAUCUAUAGAGAAAAUAAACUUCAUACACCUGCUGAAUGAAUCAGUUUUGACAAACAUCUACCUUCAAAAUAACAACAUAAGAACAAUUGAGAAUUUAGAUUCCUUACCAAAUCUCCAAUAUCUUUCUUUAUCCAAGAACAAAAUUGAGGUUGUAGAAAACCUGUCUAAAUUGAAACGUCUAGCAUUUUUGGAUUUGUCUGAUAAUCUCAUUGAGGAGAUUGAUGUCGAUGAGCUUCCAGAAAAUCUCAUGAUUAUUAAUCUGACUGGAAAUCCAUGCACAUCUCAUCCAGAUUACAGAGGGCGUCUUAUACAGGACCUGCCAAAUUUAAGCAACUUAGAUGGUCAGGAGGUAACCAAACAAGAAUUACAAGAAUGUGGUUACAUUUUGUAUCCCAGUGACAAUUCUGAUGACUCAGAAGAUUUGCCAGAUAUAUCGGGAUUCUGUGCAUUUUCCCCAAAGAAAGAUCUAAAACGAAUAAAGUCAUCCUGCAUACCCUGCCAUGAGCAUUUGCAAAGGAGAUGUGUUGUGGUAGAGAAAACUGUUAACUUGACAAACAAACAAAAAUGCACCCCAUUAUCAGCAACAACGAGUGCAGUUCCUCUUUAUACCUGCCCCCCUACAGAUGUUCAUUAUAUGAAAUGUGUUGCUCUAUAUCCAAAACCAGAAUACCCAAAUUUGUUAGCUGUCGGUCAGGUAAUAGGGAAAGUGGCCCUUACAAACAUUGGAGAUUCCAAAAAUUGUGAUUUAGCAGGAAAAGAAUUUGCUCAAAGACACUCACGGCAGUGUAACUAUCUGGCAUGGAAUCCUAUCGAGUCAAACUUUUUGGCUGCUGGUCUUGAUAAAAACAGACAUGAUGGGUGCAUUGCAAUUUGGGAUGUAAACAGUAAGGUGGCAGAAUCCAGCUUACCUCCAGAACGUAUGCGUUAUAGCAGCAGUGAAUCAUCUGUGAUAACUAAACCCUAUUUAGAUAUAGGGAUGUCUGAGUCUAGCAUAUCAUUUUGUUGGAAACCUGGAGAGUCAAAGACAUUUGUGACAGGAAUGAGUAAAUGUCUUCGAGUUUAUGAUAUGCGUGAACCUAGCAAACCUCAGAUCUCCACACAAACCAAAGGACUUUAUGGUGUUACAAUAGAUCCAUUGUUUCCUGAAAGAGUUGUAUCUUUCACUGAGAAUCAAGUUUUUGUGUGGAACCUCAAGAAUUUACUAGCUCCUGAAAUUACCAUUUCCGAGUUAAAACCAGUACAAAAAGUCAGUUGGUGCCCCACACGAGAUGGCUUCUUGAGUAUUUUGUGCAAGGACAGUUGCUCAAUUCGACAUUGUGAUAUUAUUCAUACAUCUACUGAAUCAGAUAAUCUAGAGCCAACAUAUAUUCAACGGUAUUCCCUUUGUGAAAAGAAUGGCGCUAUUUCAUCAUUUGCUUGGCAUCUUUCUGAAGAAAACCGGUUCCUUACCAUUACACCCAAUGGUGUCUUAUCUGAUGUCAAAAUUUUCAAUCGAAUUGCUUUGGACUGGUCAAAUGAGUUUGCAUUAACAGAAGUAUCAGGUAAAUACAGAGAAGAAAUCCACCUUUCAGCUGAUUUGGAAAGGAAAGAUAUUUGUAUGAUUAUGAAAGAACGUGCAAUCAAUGGGUAUGGCAUGGAGAUUGACAAACCAGGAAGAAAUGCCAAAGUGGUGUUUGAUGAUCCGGUUUUGUGUCGGCUCUGGACAUGGAUGGCUUUGGCAAAAGAACUCAGUAAAGAUAAAAUGAGAAAAUCUGCACAAAAUUCUUUUUAUGGUGUGGAAAGUGUGCUAUCAAAUUUAAAAAGUGAGAAGACAGCUGUCAAUUGGCAGGGACUGGAAGCUAGUGAAACUCGUGCCAAAUAUCUUUACCGCAGUGAAGAAAGGUUUCAUGCUUUGCAAAUGUGUGGUUGGGGCAACUUGCAGGAUCCAAAUGGUUUAAAUAAAUUACUAGAAAAAUUACAGAGUGAAGGGGAAUAUGAAAGGGCUGCAGCUAUUGCCCUUUUUAAUCUUCAGAUUAAAAGGUCCUUGGCCAUCUUGAAUACGCCACGUAAUGCAGAUUCUAUAGAAGAUUCGGAAACAAACAGUAGUUUGGGUUUGGUUGGAAUGGCACUUGCAGGUUUUACUGAAAACAAAGAUGCUCUUUGGCAGAAAAUGUGCAGCAGUUUUCGACAGCAGUUGACCAACCCUUAUUUACGGGCAAUGUUCUUCUUCUUGUCCUCCCCACAGAAUGACAAUUACAUGGAUGUCUUGAAUGAGAAAGGAAUGGCAGUCCGUGAUCGUGUUGCAUUUGCAUGUACCUUUCUGCCAGACAACAAAUUGGAGGAGUACAUUAACAAUUUGUCUUCUCAGUUAACAGAUGCUGGUGAUUUGGAUGGAAUUCUUUUGACAGGUCUCUCUGAGAAAGGUGUCAAACUCUUGCAGAAUUAUGUUGAUCUGACUAGUGAUGUCCAAACUGCUUCUUUUGUUGCGAUAUCCACAUUUCCAAGCAACCUGUCAUCUGACAGUCGUGUAGAUUCUUGGAUUCAUGGAUACCGGAGCCUAUUAAAUCAAUGGAAGCUAUGGAAGCAAAGGGCCUUGUUUGAUAUAGUAUGGCAAGGUAGUGAUUCCGUGAAUCAUGUUCAUUCUGAAGUAUUUGUCAGCUGCCACUCUUGUCGUAAGUCUGUCUCUCGUAAUGUGCAACCGUUAAUGAAGAACAAACAGCAGAGUUGGACACGUUCCAGUAAUACUGCUAAACAUGUCAAGGUAUCCUGCUGCCCUCACUGUCGUAAUCCACUGCCGAGAUGUGCUCUUUGCCUGAAAAAUUUGGGUACAGCUUCUGGGGCAUUUUCUAUUGAAGGGUCGCUUGACACUAAAACAUCUCCAUUUGAAAAUUGGUUCACUUGGUGUCAAUCUUGCCGUCAUGGAGGACAUGCAGGCCAUGUCAUGGAUUGGUUCAAAGAUCACAGUGAUUGUCCUGUGGCUGGUUGCUCAUCAAAACUCAGUUCUCUCAUGGUUCAUAUAAAUUCAACAAUUUCUUUUCUUUUUUAUUCACUAUUUCCUUUCUUCCCUGACCCUCAUUCUUUGCCUCCUCCUCCUCAAUUUUCUUACACCAGGCAUUUCACACUUCUCUCCCAUUGA